UGAUAACAUCAACAGCAACAGUCCCCAAGAAUUAGAKGUCUGGUGAUAGGAAGAGAAAUGGCGCGAUAGGGCAAUUAAGUGACYUCCCGCACAACAAGAAAGUCCAAGUCCAUURUUUGUUGACCAUAAGGUAUGGCGAACUCCAGGAYGAACGGCAAAGACGAGAAGAGGGAACUCGGUUCCGCCCCAUCUAAGCUCAAAAUGAAUGGUCAUGAAGUUUCCGAAGAUGAAAUUAUUGUCGUGCCUUCAGGUCCAUUGGCGAUGGAAGRAUUGUGGGCGRAGGAGUUGUCGCGCAUCCAACGGAAUGAAAGAGAGGUAAACGACGACAAGGUACACGGGAUAAAGUCAUGGGCCGUCGGGGAAACACCAGAAAAGAUCACCCGCGCGCUGAAUACUAUGCAGACAGAGAUCAACAUGUUGYCGGUUGAGGAGAAGCGCGCCCACCUACGUGGACUCAAAUCCCAGAGUCUUUACACACAGAGCAAAGAGUUUCGAUUAAGAUUUUUGAGAGCGACUGGGUUCAACACGAAGGAUGCUGCUAUUCGAUAUUGCAAGUGCCUCGAUUAUUUGGUUGAAGUUUUUGGAGAAUUCGCUUUGACACGACGUUUGUUCAUCACUGAUUUGAAUGAAGACGAAAUCAGCUAUUUGCACGAAGGAAACUUCCAGMUUUUGCCCUCCCGGGAUUGCCUGGGAAGAAGAAUCGUUGCUUACAACAUACAUCCUACUUCCCGACCGUAUUCAGUGGAAAUCAUCUUUAAGGUGUAUGCGUACCUACUCUUCGCGAUCAUAUCUGAGGACAUAACUACCCAACGCAAUGGAAUGGUGUAUGUUGGCGUCAUUGGAAAAACCAAGCUAAGUCAUGGGGGCAAUCACAUGCCCCGUCUCCGCCGUAUGUUCGRUGCGAUUCCUCUUCGUUGGGGCGCUGUUCACUUAUGUGUGCCAAACGAACCGGUCUACCRAGUCAUCACAGCGCUAUUUAUGGCUUGGAUUGGGCAGGAAGGACGGAAGGUUCUGCGAAUACAUCGUGGUUAUCCAAUCGAAUGCUGUUACAGUCUCCGAAGCUUUGGGAUCCCAGUAGAAGACAUGCCAGAAAUGCAAUCAGGACAGUUCAAAAAAAAUAUYCUUCGAUUAAUCAAGGUUCGAAUGGCUAUGGACAAAUUUGCAAAGGAACAAGAAAUUGUWUCGAAGAAACUGAGUCGGAAAAGGGGUGCCCCUUCAGCACCGAAGCCUUUYUUGGGAAUAGAAUGUCCCGAAAUUAAUUUCGUAAUUCUGGGAUCCUCGAAAAAAAAUUGSAGUCAGAAUGAUAAGCACAUUGGCAACGCUUCAUUUCGAAGRAUUAUGUUCGCAAAUGAGGGAUUCAAGAACUACCUUAAAGAUCGCRAUGAAAAGGGUGAAGGAAAUAGCAGGCGUGCUGAAAUAAAKAAGAUAGCUGAGGCCAUCUUAYAUGAGUCAUGGUUGGAGGGGCUGCAUUUCGUGGAGUACAACCAAGAACAAAGUUUCUUUACGGAGAUGCAGAGCAUAGAAGAUAUUCGUCAAAAAGUGGUGACAGACAUGAGGCACCAACGAGUCAGACACGAGGCGGAAGCUUUUGCGGUCUCUAAAAAAAGAAAUAGUAGGGGUACUGAGUCGUCGGAAAGUGCGUCAUUCGAUGUAUCACAAAGAGCCUUCUUUACAGGGUGUGUAUGAUUUCGUUGAACUUUAUGAGACAAUAUCAACAGUAUUCCUUGUUUUGUCACAAAACCUUGUCCACAUGAACCAGGGCACACUGAAUACAUAUURGUUCAUAUCCAUAAUGGAAGAUAUACAUGUGCGAAUGCUUAGGGUGUACUAAUAAUAGUUCUCUUUGAUC